CCCGGUGCACUUGUCCUUUCAUUCUAAUUGGUCCGACAGGGUGUGUAUGCAAAUUUUUAGCGACCCCUGCACCUGACUCUCCACUCCACUGAAGAAUGCAAGGCAAAAGACAGCCUCCAAGAGCUAUUUAUUCAACAGGUCAUCCUACUAGCACUCACUUGUUACAUUAUUGCGGCGCUGCAGACUCAUCAAUAACUCAGAGCUAUAUGAUAAAGAUGCCAAGGUCGUUUCUGGUGAAGAAACAUCUCACCAAUAAGAAGCCAAACUAUGGAAUUCUGGAUUCAAAAGCAGACGAUCUCUACACCAGCCUGGUCCAGCCUGAGGUAGCCUGUUACAUCCCCAGCACUCCUCAGCCCCUGGAGGGUUGGCUGCCAGGGCCAAGUCUCAUCCCCACACCAGCCUCCAUGCACUUUCCACAGGUAGACAGGCUGGCUUCAAGGGACACCAGCUUGUCACUGCAUAGCUCAACACAGGAAAUCCUCUACCCCCUGUCAGUGUCUCACAACAAUCUGCUAAGAGACUCACACUCCGGACUUGAGCCCCUGGGAACCAUGGAACCCCAGACCUUCCUGCUCUCACAGGACUUCAGACACCUGGAGGAGAGGGGCAGCAUGCCUAAUCCCCUCCUGGGCCUUGUUCACUCUAGUGUUAGUCAGGAGCGCUUUGAAUGCUUCGACUGCCACAAAGCCUACUUCACCUUCUCUGGGCUGGCCAAGCACAGGCAGUUGCACUGUGAGUGGCAGUGUCACAAGUACUUCAGCUGCAAGUACUGUGACAAGGAGUACGUGAGUCUGGGAGCUCUGAAGAUGCACAUCCGAACACACACACUGCCCUGCGUCUGCAAGCUCUGUGGGAAGGCCUUCUCCAGGCCUUGGCUGCUCCAGGGACACAUUCGCACACAUACAGGUGAGAAGCCCUUCUCCUGCCCACACUGCAGCCGGGCAUUUGCUGACCGCUCCAACCUCCGAGCACACCUGCAGACACACUCUGACAUCAAGAAAUACCAGUGCAAGAGCUGCUCCAAAACCUUCUCCAGGAUAUCUCUGCUCUCCAAGCAUGAAGAGUCUGGCUGCUGCCCACAGUCCUGAUGCCAUUUACUGCCUGUGCUGCCCACUCUGAACCUGUUGCUUACUUGCCUAGGCUACGUCUGGUUCUACUAACAUCAGACUGCUGUGCCCUCACAACGCACUGGAGAAAGACUGCUAUUAGUGACACGGAGCUCUGAAUACUGUAUGUUGUUGGUCUCUGACAUUUCAAGCUCAUGAAAUAAGCACAAUGGACUGUGUCCAAAGAUGUUCUUAUGUCAUAUAUUUGAUAUAUGAAGUAGUUGUUUGACAAAAAAAAGAGAAAAGUUAUCGCAUGCUGCCAAAAAUACUUGAAAUUUAAAAGCCUUGAAGUUUUGAUUGUGUUAUUGAUGAUUACCCGUGCCUUUUGAGGAAAUGUAUAGCGGGAGUAUACAAUUUUGUAUGAACUUUGUUUGUUUAAAAACAAUAAAUACCUACUUUUGUACAAUAUGCCUAAAUAUGAAAACAUGCAUCAUCAUGGGAGACAUGAACCACUGAGAUGAAAGCACAAGCCCUUGUCUAAGUCAAGCCCUGUCUAAGUCAAGCCCUGUCUAAGUCAAGCCCUGUCUAAGUCAAGCCCUGUCUAAGUCAAGCCCUGUCUAAGUCAAGCCCUGUCUAAGUCAAGCCCUGUCUAAGUCAAGCCCUGUCUAAGUCAAGCCCUGUCUAAGUCAAGAAAUAUUGAAGAAACUCACUUUUCAAAAAAUCUAAACAAAGACUGAGUGACUGCUGAAGAGUGCACAAGUAGAGUAUUAGAACUAAAUGUUUCCUAUCAGUGACCCGGCACGUUCCUACUUUACGACCAUUUCUUGGCAUUGUGAGAUCACUGGCAUACUGUAAAUAUCCUCAUGGGCACACAGGAAACUGGAGAAUAAAGCGAUUAGGAUAAACAGAAAACAGAUAGUGUGGGUGACUUUCUGGUAGUGUUCUUGUGACACCCCUAUCCCCAGGCAGGAUCUCUCAGGGGUCUCUGAGACGGGAUCAUUUAAA